AUGACCCCGGCCGCCGAAAUCGAAAAACCCGAGUCCGAGAUCAAGGCCAGCACCUCCCAUCCAGCCAUCAGCCACGAUCUGUUUAAGGGGCUGACCGCCGCCUCGGCCCCGAAUUCCCCGGCCACUAAUGGCAUUCCCGCGCAGCCACAACGCCGUAUGCCCACACGGAUUGAGCAGUUGAAGCUUCGCUACCUAAAACGCCGUGCCCUGAAGCCGUACAACCGUACCCCACUGCCGUCCAUUUCUUGCCUAUUGCCGAUCCGCGAGAAUUAUACCCCUCCGGAAACGAUCUCCCCUGUCGGGCUUGACGCCUGCGCGUUUGGACCGGAUGCGUGGUGCUGCGACGAGUUCUACGACUGGACCGACGUAUACGUCCCGUCGUUCUGCAACUGGCCCCAGCAACCGGCCGACACGGCCGUCCCCUGCUAUGCCCAGGCCGCCCAACAACCCCCGGUCAACUACAACUACAACUACAACCCCGCGCUCCUAUCGACACCCCCGGAAACUGGCAAGCCCUAUCAGGCAUGCAACGUUGGACAAGCCGUC